AUGUCCACAAAGGCUGCCCCAAAAUCCAAGCCCAAAAAGUCGGCGCCGGCGGCGGUCAAGGCCUACCUCAUCGCCUACAAUGCGCUGUCAGCGGCUGGAUGGUCGUACCUCCUCGUUCUGCUCAUCGUCCACCUGUUCAACCUCGAUGGCCAAUCCCAAGCUGCGCCAGUUCCAACGCACUCACUGGUAAAAACUCUGUUGUUCAAGGUCAAAGGACUCCUCUCACUCGGACAUGAUACGGAACGGCCUCUUUCUUUCUUGCAGACCAAGCUCCCGCCCGCACUUCAACCCAUCCUCGCCCGAGCCACUACAGCCUAUGCAAGGAUUGGCGAAAAGACGACAUUUGUGCAGAGUUUUGCGAUUUUGGAGGUUCUCCAUGCCGUGCUUGGGUGGGUUCGGAGCCCGGUAGUCACUACUACCAUGCAAGUCUCGAGCCGCCUCUUCCUUGUGUGGGGAAUCACGGCGCAGUUUGCUGAGACUCAUUCGAACCCAAUUUACGCGUCCAUGGUAUUGGCCUGGUCCGUCACAGAGGUCAUCCGUUACACGUUUUACGCGCUGAACCUCCUCGGAACCUCCUCCCAAAUCCUUUUGUGGUUGAGAUACACGACAUUCUACGUGCUUUAUCCUCUUGGAGCCUCGUCUGAAGCUUUCCUCAUCCUUUCUACUCUCCCUCAUGUCGGUGUGUUCCCCAAGUGUCUCCAUGCAACUGGAGGCAGCAAGCCCGUCAGCGAGUGGAAUGUUGGACAAUUGGCGAGGGGUGUUUUGUUCUUGAUUUGGUGGCCUGGUCUGUACGCGAUGUAUACGUAUAUGAUUGGACAGAGGGGGAAGGUUUUGGGGGCGCCCAAGGCUAAGACCCUCUAAGUGGGAGAGCUACCGCUACGAUAUUUCAUGACGAACGUCUACUACGUUUCGCUGUAAUGGUUUUACGAGUAAUGCAUGGGCCUCUAGUUGUUGUUGAUACUCUUGGAGAAUCCGACUCGACCGCCGUUUGCGUAGUC